AUGUUGCGAUGGAAAGCUGGUCGAUCUGCUCUGUUGCGUGACUCACGAUGCGCGCUGUCAACGCGUCGGGUGGUGGAAUUAGAGACGCAGGUAUUGGAGAAAUUACGGAACAUCUCUGAUGGCUUAGGGCUGGGCGAUAUUGUUUCAAUGGGCCGUAUAAAGGAGCUUCACGUCGAGCCCGAGGCUGGAAAGGUGUCGUGCAAGAUCAGCACUCCAUCACCAGUACUCAUGGAUCUGUCAAAGAAGUGGCAGAAAGAGGCAGAGCUAGCAGUGAAAGAACUCGAGUGGGUGAAGGUUAUAGAUUUUAAACUGUCGAAUCCUCGGCCGCGAAAUGCCCAUGUUGGUCGCUUUUCAUCUCUGGCUCACGUCUCGGAGAUCAUUGCAGUGUCAAGCUGCAAGGGUGGAGUGGGAAAAUCUACAGUCGCAGUAAAUCUCGCGUUUAGCUUAUCAAAAUACGGUGCUCGCGUGGGUAUUUUAGAUGCUGAUAUAUAUGGACCGAGUUUGCCUACGAUGGUUUCACCAGGCGAUCGUACCAUUCGUCAGUCAAAAAAGAUAAAAAACUUUGUCGAACCAGUGGAGUACGAAGGGGUUAAAUGCAUGUCAUUUGGCUUUGUAAACCAACGUGCAGCUCCUGGUGCUGGAGGUGUUGGAGCUGCUGUUAUGCGGGGUCCCAUGGUUUCAAAACUGAUUGACCAGCUUAUCCUUGGCACUGAGUGGGGCGAUCUUGACUAUUUGGUUGUGGACAUGCCACCAGGAACAGGAGACAUUCAGAUUUCCAUUUCCCAGCAAAUGCCCAUUUCAGCUGCUGUUGUUGUAACGACGCCGCAGAGACUUAGCUUUGUUGACGUUGAAAAAGGAAUUUCGAUGUUCGAAGACUUGAAGGUGAAAACUGCUGCAGUAGUAGAAAAUAUGUCGUACUUUGAUUGCUGCCAUGGGCAACGACACUAUCCAUUCGGUUCGGGUCAUACACAAGAACUUGUAGAAAAAUACAGCAUCCACAAUAUAUUUAAACUGCCGAUUGCAGAGCGUAUCAGCUCCGCAGCGGAUUCGGGACGCCCUUUUGUUCUGUCCGAGUUGUCUACCGAAGAAAGUAAAACAUACGACUCUUUAGCGACAACAAUAGCAAAGGAAGUCGUGAUUAUGAAGCACAAUAUUCGUCUGGCACCUGAAUUGCUUUAUGACAAAAAUCGUGGCAUUGUGCUUCGUAUGUACAACUCAACAGAAGCAAAGGAGGCUUUGCUGCACCCCGCGGACUUUCGAGCGCGAUGCCGCUGUGCUCAAUGCAUUGAUGAGUUCACAGGAGACCAGAUUUUGGAUCCGGCUACGAUUUCAGACGAUAUUUACCCCACCACAGUAGAGCGGAAGGGUAAUUAUGCGUUUGCGGUCACGUGGAGUGAUGAACACUCUUCAUCGCUAUACACAGUAUGUAUUCCAUUACAUAGUGAAUCAUUCAGUCGGAUCGCAUUUAUAUGA